GUGAAUAUAUUUUUUUAAUCAAAUUUGUCUACUUAAGUUUCGUAUAAAGUAUCAUACAUUUUGAAUACUAAAAAAUAUAUACUUACUGGACGACGACUAUUUGAGAUUUACACAGAAAAAGCCUUAGGUCUACAAUUUAGCAAACGUGGCCUAUAUAUAGUCACAGUUACCUCGUUUAAUUAUUUACAAACGCAUGUCUGGUCGGACCUGAACGUGCACAACACUGGGUCAUGGCCAACCUAGUCAAGUCCUAACCUAUCCUGUGAUCAGAUAGCAAUUUUUGUAAACAGAUUAUCCCACAGCUAGUUUGUAAGUAGGUAAUCCGUUAAUCUGUGAUACUGUUUGCACGAUGAAAACACUGUUGCUACCGGCGGUCAUGCAGUUACUGCUAUCCGUCGAGGGCGCCAGCAUACUAGCCGUGGAGACCGUGGGCAGUCGUAGCCACUGGCAGUUCAUGAGAUCCAUACUAGACGUGCUGGCCACUCGGCACCAGGUGACGGUAAUCACGCCCCUGCCAUCGAGCGACCGGGAAAACUACACGGAAAUCGACAGUUCCCCCGUGUUCCCCGUGUACUCGGACCAAGAUGCGGUGUUGCAGAUCGAGCGGUUCGGCUCCGUAGUGAACAUGUUGCCGCCCAUGCCGAAACGAAGCCACGAGCGUGACAUAUGCGACGCCGCGUUCGAGUUCGGUCCGAUUCGCGAGCUGCUCGCCGCCGGCCGCGGGCACUAUGAUUUGAUCGUGCUCGAGCCCUUCUACUCGCCGUGUCUGUCUUACCUGGCGCACCGGUUGGGCGUGCCUGAAAUCUACGUGAUCCCGUCACCCAUGAUCACGCCCAUGGAAGCGCCGGUAUUCGGCACCGGACCCAAUCCGGCGUACGUGCCCAACCUGCUGUAUGGAGGCGACGCCGCCCUCGACGACUUCGCGCAGCGUCUGGCCAACUUCGUGCUGUCCACGUACGUCAAGGUCGUGCCGUGGUUGACCGACGCGCGGAUGGCGAACGCCGAGCCCAAACCGUACGACGUGGACGACGUCAGACACAAGCCGUCGUUGCUGUUCGCCAACACACGCCACAUAACCGAACCGCCGCGACCGUUCCACGUCAAUAUGAUUCAAAUUGGCGGCAUACACCUGAAAACUACCGAGCUCCUGCCCCCGGAUAUUCUGGAGUUCAUAGAGGACUCGCAGCACGGAGUCAUUUACUUCUCGUUCGGAUCGGUAGUGACCUUGUCGACGCUGACCAGAGAGAUGCAGCGGGCUUUCAGAAACGCGCUGUCGCGGGUCCCUCAAAGGGUUCUUUGGAAGUAUGAGACGGAGAUGGAAGAGAAACCGGACAACGUCAUGACAAAGAAGUGGUUUCCCCAACGCGACAUUCUCCUGCAUCCCAACGUAAAAAUGUUCAUUAGCCACGGCGGGAUAUCCGGGCUAUACGAAGCGGUGGACGCCGGCGUGCCCAUGCUAGCGUUCCCGCUAUACUACGACCAACCUAGAAACGUAGCCAAUCUAGUCAAAGCCGGAAUGGCCAUUUCAAUGGACUUGUUGACCGUCACUGAAGACACUUUGCUGACGGCCAUUGACGAUCUGGUCAACAACGAAACGUACGUGCAAAAUGCGAAAAUAGCAUCUAAACGCCUCAAGGACCGUCCAAUGUCACCGUCUGAAAUGGUAAUCUACUGGACCGAAUACGUUCUCCGACACAAUGGCGCCUUCCACUUGCAUUCUAAAGCUCUUGACCUCUCCUGGUACCAACACUUGCUAUUGGAUGUAAUUGCUUGUGUGCUGGUCGCGGUUUUUAUAGUCACUUACCUGUUCUACGCGAUUUUACAUGCUUUUCUGCAUGUAGCGAAAUCGCGUCGAGCAAAAAGUAAAGGGAUCAAGAGCUCAUAAUAUAUGUCCAACCAGUUAUCGCAAGACUGUGUCUACUAGACAGGGGCUCGACGAAUCAUACUUUUACAAAUAUUAUUUCUACAUACACACACACACAUAUAUAUCCAUUUAUAUAUAUAUAUGCAUGCAUAAUACACAUAUUAUUAUUUAUUAUUAGGUGGAUUUAUGUUUACUAAUGUCAGGUACUUGUUAAAUUUUUUACAUUAAAAAAAUUGUGUAAAUAAACUGUAGAUACCAAAUUGUUAACAUUUAGCAGCAAUUCGAAUUUGAAAUAAAUAAUUAUUAUUUUAAUCCUUAUAGUCAAUAGUUGUAGAUUAAUAGUUUAAGUAGCGUCACUGAGCGUCUGCUGUACUCGAGUCAUAAAACUCAUAAAAAUACCAAUCUAAUGUUACAUCUGUUUCGAUUUUACAAACUGUUUGAUAAUUUAAAAUAAUAAUUGUUCCGAAAUUGGGUGUUGAGUUAAAAGUAGUAUUUUAAUAUUUUCAA